AUGACUUCUUGGAUAUGGGGUUCAUCCCAAUUUGACGAGCAAGUCGACAAGGCCACGUCUGAACUGCUGCCUACUGAUCAGGAGGACAUCGCAUUAAAUCUCGAAAUAUGUGAUCAGAUUAAAUCAAAGGAUGUCCAACCAAAGGAUGCCAUGCGGGCUCUCAAACGACGGCUUAAUCACAAGAAUCCCAACGUUCAGCUGCUAGCGCUUACACUCACAGACGUCUGUGUGAAGAAUGGAGGCAACCAUUUUCUUGUGGAGGUCUCCUCGAGAGAAUUUAUGGAUAAUAUGGUCUCCAUUCUCAAAAUUCCGGCUCUGAAUAAUGAUGUGAAGAAUCGGAUGCUGCGCUUCAUCCAAAACUGGGCCAUGGCAUUCGAAGGGAAGCCAGAAUUCGCAUACGUGAACACAGUCUACAAGACAUUGGUUUCAGAAGGGUUCAAAUUCCCACCCAAGGAUCUCAUCAACGCAAACAACGCCAUGACUGACACCGCGAUUGCUCCAGAGUGGAUUGAUUCAGACGUUUGUCUUCGCUGUCGCGACCCAUUCACUUUCACCAACCGGAAGCAUCAUUGUCGGAACUGUGGCCUAGUUUUUGACCAGAAAUGCUCGUCCAAGUCCCUUCCACUUCCUCAUUUUGGUAUCACUCAAGAUGUUCGAGUGUGUGACUCGUGUCACUUCAAGCUUACGCGCAAAAAGGAACAGGCUGCCAAAGAGGCAGAGGACGCAAAGAAGAAGCAGCAACAGCAGCAACGCAGCGAGCAUUCAUCUCAUAUCGAUUAUGAUCUCGCGCGUGCAAUCGAACUUUCACUGAAAGAGUCGCAAGGCAGCACCAGUGGUCGGGCGGGAUACGCUCCUUUGAGCGAUGUCCCAAAGCAGUGGCAUGCAUCCGAGCCACCACUCGUGGACCGUUCGACAGCCAAAGGAGAAGAAGAAGACGAGGAACUUCGCGCUGCAAUUGAAGCCAGUCUUCGGGAGUCGCGUGCUCCGCAACCUAGCGCACCCGUCGAGGAGCCGACUCAUCAGACAUACGAGUCUCCGGUUGCUACCGUUCCAUCAUACGACCUGGCUCCACUCGAAUCCGACGCCAUCAUGUCGUUCAAUCAAACAGUUGCGGAUGCUCAGACAUACGGUAUGCAGGAUAUGAGGCGUACGCACGAGUUGUACAGUCGAGCCGCGUCGUAUCAGCCUAAGUUGACGCGGAGUCUGGAUGACACACAACGGAAAGAGCAGAUAUUGUCAGAUAUGCAUGAUAAACUCUCCCAGGCCGUCAAACUCUACGAUAAUCUUCUCACCGAGCAAUUCUCUGCCCGAAGACAAGCGACACCGACCCAGUCGUCAUAUGCUCAGUAUUCUGCGUAUAAUCAACAGCAACAAUGGGCACCAUCAGCACCAUAUUCUGCUGGUUAUACGCCAGCACCAAUGAAUAAUGUGCCGGUCCCUGAUCAGAGGUGGGUGACCCCAGCACCAACUGCAAUACCCCAACAAUAUAGUACACAACAAGUUGUACCUUCAUCUCCGCCUCAGCAUACGCAUACGCAACCAGUAUCCGCACCUCCUCAGAUGAACCAAUUCCAAAUGCAGCAGCAAGAAUAUGGAACGACGCUUCCUCCUGUCACAUUACCACAAUUUUCCACUCCUCAGCCUCCUGUGGCUGUAUCGCCCGCACCUGCACCUGCACCUAUCCCUACACCCGCGCCGGUGCCAUCUCAGCCACAACCAGCCUUGUCGCGCCAUAAUACUGUUCAGAGCUACCAUCCUCAUGCAGCGCAGGUUCAUCGCUCGAACACGGUUGCAUCCUCUCCGUAUCAAGCUCAACAACCUCAGGUACAAUACACGCCGCAACCCCUCGCACAUCAGGUACCGCACCAACAAGCGACGCCAGCUCCGCUUCCAGUGAUGCCCACUGCUCCAACAAAUGCACCUUCGUCGUAUUCGCUGUUUGCGCAGCCGACUACGCUCCCUUCGAUCCCAGCGGCGCCGAAGGCGGAGCCCAAGGAAGCAAUGUUGAUCUCGUUUGACUGA